UGGGACACACACACACACACACACACACACACAAACACACCGGUUUCUGUGUUGACUCUACUCCCAGAAUGAAAAUUUAGCUUUACGUGAAUGUUUCUAGUCAAUAGUUGAUGUUUUCAUGGCGGUCUCGUAUUUCGUCGCUGCAGCGGAUAUCAGAUAAUUAGCCUGUGGACGGAGGUAAACCUAAUGUUUGUAUAAUUAGUCAAAAAUGUCUUCCAAAGAGGGCUAACAUUAGGCUAAACUAGCACUGGGAAAUAACGAUCCAAGGAGGCAUAUUUGUACUUGAUCACCAUAUUUGAGCCACAAAAGUCAAACAUUUCCAUCAUAAACUGACCGUGUUUUAAGUAGCUGUUUUAUAGUUGUGUUAACCAAACAGCUUUUAAGUUAAAUUUGAUCUAUUUUUAAAUCACUGUGCUCCUCGUGUCAUUGGAAACAUCAUUUCCGACAGUCUGUGUUUACUGCAUUCACCAUCUUUUUUACCCUGUCCCUCCUUAGUGAAGGAACUCUUAAGAAAAUGUUUAGAAACUUUUGCCAUACAUUGCUACUACAGCUUAAAAUGGUUUGCUUCUUUCUUAGGUCAUAAUAGACAUUUUAUGGUUUGUACCAACAAUCAUUUAUUCUCAUCUGCAACUGUGCUGUGCGGAGGUCCUCAGGGUUCACUGCUUGGUCCUUUCCUGUUCUCCCCAUAACUGCUUUCUCUGGGUAAUCUGCUCAGCUGAUUUCCUCAAGUAUCAAACCAUUGCUGCACUGACUAUAUUAAAAUCUAUGUUUCUGGGAAAACUGACACCUGAAUCAAUAUUUCCCUCCUAACCCCCAUAAAAUUAAUAAACUAUUUAAAGGACAGUGAUAGUUCUGACAACUUAAUAUCAAACAUAUUGUGAAAAAAAUCAAGGUAUUAUCUUAAACCAGUAAAUGACCUGUGUCUGUCAUAUCACUACACUUGUCCAGUCCUGUUUCCCGCAGCUCUGAAAUUUUGCAAAAAUUCGAUCAGUGCUCCUUUUUGUGGGCCAUGAGACAUUUAUACUCACACAUUAUUCUUUCUCAUUCAACUAUUUGUAUUCCCUGUACAUUUGCCUUGGUCAGUAAUUUUUACAUCUGUUACAGCUUGUCAAAAAAAAGUGCUAUAUAAAUACAAUUUUACUGACUCACUAAAAAUGACAUGAUGUAUUAAAAAAAUACAGAAACAAAACCAACACCACAAGAUAAAACAUAUGUAUGGCUACAAUGCUAAUAAUGAUAGUCAAAGUAAGUGUAAUAUUAUGAAGGACAACAAAGUAUGAUAGAGGGUUGAUGGGUCAACUAAUAACAUUGAUAACUAUAAUAAGGGCAGUGAGGUAGAACUGAUCAAUUUAGACAAUUAAUAUCAUCAGCUAUAUUACUGAUAAGAAAUAGAAUAUUAACAGUUAUGUUCAAGCAUGGGAGCAUGUCGUCAGCAUUAGCGAUCCACAGAAACCUGCGAAACAAGGAGCUCAAAACUCCCGGGAAAGUGUAUGUCAGUUAUGUUAAUGGGACUUAGAGAUAAUACAGAAAAUGACCAAUGCUGUUCCUGCGUGAUAAAAAAGAAGAACUGCUCUUGACAGGAGGUCAAAGUGAAGUCAACUCACUUCAUCCAUCCACAUACCCUUUUUUAAAACAUCCUUGUUUUUCUUAGGCGUCGAGAGGAUUUCAUGCUGUCCAUCCCUGCGCCACUCUUUUCCAAGCAUCAAUAUGGAUGAGGAAACCCUCGAGGCGGCCAUCUCUACCUAUGGUGCCCAGUUGCAGCAGGUGGAGACGGCUCUGUCAGCUGGCCUGGACCCCUCCCAGCAGGCAGACCUACUCAAACUGAAAGAGGACCUUUGUCAGCUAAUAGAGCUCACCGAGGCCAGCCUUGUGUCAGUCAGAAAGAGUCAGCUUCUGGCCAGCCUUGAGGGCUCAAACGCCACAGAGGCAGCAGCUGACACAAACAGUGCAAAUGGAAAUUUGGGGGAUGAGUUUGCUGCUUUCUAUGCUGAGCUCGGAGAAUCCUCGGGUGUCAGUGCUGAUACAAGGUUAAGGGACAAUGUGGAGGAUGAUGAUGUUGAAGAGGAGGAGGAGGAUGAGGAGGAGGAAGAUGAACUAAGUGGGACCAAAGUGAGAGCCCCCUACAGGACAUCAUGGGGGACACUGGAGUAUCAUAAUGCCAUGGUGGUGGGGGCAGAACCACCAGAUGGAGAUGAAGCACAAGUAAGAGUGCUCUACUUGUACCCCACCCAGAGAUCACUGAAACCCUGCCCGUUCUACCUCGAGGACAAAUGUCGCUUUAAGGAUGAUUGCAGGUAAAGCACCACUUUUAUUUGAGUUGAAUUCACACAUACCUGCCCCUCCUUAAAUACAAACACCAUCUGCUGUGACUCGACCGUUUACCACAUGAUCUAGCCAUGAUUGAUAACUUUAUGCAAAACCUUUUCAUCUGAUUAUUUCUCAAUGUCACCCUGUUGAUCCUCUGUUCUGAAAGAACUCUCAUUUGGGUAACAGAAGAGUUUAAUUAGAGUUUUUCAAGGACUUUGAUUUUCAAAAGAGUGAAUAAAUGUAUAUGAGUCCUACUGUAUGAAAUUAGUAUUACAAAGUCAGAAAUUAGUUGAAUCAUUCAGACAUUAUUGGUAUCACUCUGCAUAGAUCUUUGCUUUGUCUGCACACAGCAUUUCUCUUCUUCUUUUCUAUUCAAGGUUUUCCCAUGGUGAAGUAGUGUAUGUGUCAGAGCUCAGAGAUUUCCUUGAGACUGACCUUAGUAAUCUUGAAGAGGGAUCGUCCUGCUUGGCUCGACACGAGGAUGGUAUCUGGUAUCCGGCCAAAAUCAGAGGUACUUCAUUAACAGGACAAGCCUCUGACUGUAUUUUACAGAAAACCUCGACAGGAGGGACAGUAAAUUCACACUCAGGCUGAUUGAACAGAAGUUGGGUCACCUUGUCAGGAAUCUUAAAACAUCUUAAAACAGUUAUUCUGAGAAAUUGUUGCCAAGACAACCAAGAAAAAAGUAGAUGAAGUUUGUCAUGCAACUGUGAAUAUUUUUCUGACUUUAUUUUAUCCUGCUCUAGAAAUCGACAGCGGUUUCUUCACUGUGAAGUUUGACUCCUUGCUGCUGAAAGAAGUUGUUGUCGAGGCAGACUGCAUUAUCCCGCCCCUGAGAGAAGACGACCCUGUCUCUUCUGACUCUGACCCCGAAGACACAGGCGAUGGAGAUAAUCUGGCAUAUGCAAAAGGUGAGCAGGGACAUUAUGUCCUAUAUAAACUGUAUAUGGAUUUACCUUUCAAUGAAAUAUGAAUUUAACCCUGAAAUCCUCCAAAAAGCACACUGUGACUUUGGUUUACACCCAUAAAGAAGGAGGCAAACUAUAAGCUUCUUUAUUUGACAGCUUGUAUUCCAAUUGUUUCAUGCCAGUUCCCAUUUGAAAAAUAACUGACUGUUUCUGCUUUGAUUUUCUCUUUUUACCCGACAGUCAUUGACUCGGCUGCAGAGGCCACAGAAUUAUCAAAUACGGUAAAUUUUGGUGGCUGGGAGGCGCAUACCAGAGGCAUCGGAUCCAAGCUCAUGCUGAAAAUGGGUUAUGAGUAUGGGAAAGGUAAAUGCACCUACACCGAUUUGGUGAAUAAAUGUAUAUAAAAAAGCGCCAAUUUGCUCAAAUAACUCACACCAUCUAUUGUGUCAGUUGUUCCUCGUGUUUUACACUUUACCAUACUUGCAAUAUGUUUUUUCUGAAUCCGAGGUACACCCAAAAAACCCUUAAAUUAUCUCCAAUUAACCAGAGGUCAGCUGAUAACUGGCUAAAGUGUCAUUUAAAAGCAUCAUAAAGUUGCAGUGGUUUGACCAUAAUGCCGAGGCUUCCCACUAACUACUUAAAUGUACAUGCUGAGAAAAAAAAUUAAUAUGCUGAGUAGAUUCAUUAUUAACUGCAGUGAAUUAAGCUGUUUCAUAUUUGUUUAUUGCAAAUGCCCAAACUGGGACAUUAAUAAAUUUGCAAUUACUUGUGCAGUAAGAUAAUCAAAACAGUGAUUUAAGGUUUGCUUGUGUUUUAAUAAUGAGUUGUAGAGUUUUAAAGUUAUUUACAGAGGCAAAGUAAGAGUUUUAAAUAUCUUCUACGUGUUUACCUGAAGUCCCCUUUGAUUUGAAAAACAGGCAUCUUACAUUCACGAAAUCCAUGCUUGAGGAUUAAAAUAAUUACCCCUAACUUUUGGCGGUCUUGGGUUCAGCAAGACGGAUAUUUUUUAUUUGAAUAUUAUUUAACUUGAGCUUAUAAGCAAAAGGCAAGAAACAGCUUUGCACUUGAAUAACAGGUAACUUUUGUUUAGUACAGACACAGUCGAACAACAACUGACCUUCCCCUGACAUAAGAUUGAAGACUAAGAGGGAGUGAGGAAGUAUAUAAGAUUAUUUCUGUAUUGUGUGAUUAAUCAAGUAGGAGAUUCACAAGACAAGGGAAUCAAAUAGAUUUAAAAAAAGGAGAUCAUGAGGGGAGCUUCUAAUUUUAAAUCAGAGAUCACAAAGAUUUGGUAAAACAUCCAGAAUUCGUUUCAUUUAAGUCCAUGACUUAAAUGUGGAUGUAAUAUGUUGAUAAGCCACCAGAGGGCAGCAACCAUCUCCUGUACCAAGGGCAGGGAAUAUACUGAACGAAUACCAGAUUGUGUCCAAUAACUUUGGGGUUGAAAUUUUAAAUUGUGUGUUUUGUUUCACAUUUUUGUUUCUCUUACCUUUUGCAAGAAAUUAACACUUUUGCUCUCAUUUCUCUCUUUUGUGUUUCCAGGAUUAGGAAAGAAGCAGGAGGGUCGAGUAGAGCCAGUCAUGGCGGUGGUCCUGCCUAAAGGUAAGUCUCUGGACGAGUGUGUUGAGCUCACUCAGAGACGUACCCAAAACAGGAUCAGCAAAGACGGCACCAAACCCGGGCGCCGGAAGCGACAAAGGAAACCUCGAGUCUCCACAGAAGGGAGGAAAACUGUCUUUGACUUUCUCAAUCACCAGUUAGGAGGAAAGAGCGCCUCAGCUACGGAGGGGGGAGCUGCUGCGCCGUCAGCAACUGGAGUGGAGGCUUACAGGGGAGGGAAAAGCACCAAGAGGAGUCUGAAUGUGAGGCUGUUCCAGGCUGCUGAGAGGGUGUCCCAGACUGAGAGGGAGAUCAAGAAACUGACUGAGUCUCUCAGCAGACAUACAGGAAGGUGAGUGCUGAAGUCAAGAGCCACUUGUUCUUCAAUUUUACAUUUACAUUUGUCUAAUCUGACUUCUGUGAAUACACCCUCAGCUCAACAUCUGUUGUCACGUCCACACAGGCUCAUUAACAGUCACGGAAUAACAUGGACAUAAUCGCACAAACACACAUGCACUGGUCCCACUGCGAUAAUUUAUUGUAAAACAUGAACACACUACUAACUGUGGAGCGCCUGACUGUCAACCAAAAUGGUGGUUAAUUUAAAUUCAGGAACUGGAAGGCUUGUGGGAGUUGUUGUAAAAAUGUUAAUAAGGUGUGAAGAUUCACGCUGCAGUGCAGACACUUGCUUCUGUGGACGUCUUAUUCGAGAAAGGAGAAGCUGAAACUAAGUUGUCUCCCGUGUCUUUCUCCACCUCCUAAUCUGUUUGUUGUUCGUGUGCAAAGGGACACAUCGGUAGCGAAGCAGCUGGAAGAGAGGCUGUCAGCGGCUCGCCGGUUGCUGGCCCAGCAGAAAGCCCAGGAGCUGUCCAUCCAGAGAGAGCACAAGAAGGCUGACACACACAAGAAGAUGACGGAGUUCUGAGCUCUGCUCCCUCAAAGACUUGGAGGAGGAAGAGAAGCUCAGCUCGCCUCGAGUGAACUUUUGUCCCUCAUCUGUUGUCAGUUAUGCACCACACUGUUUUUUAAAGGACAUUUUUUAGCAUUAUUUCUCACCCAUCAUGGAUUUCAGCUGACGACAGCACCCACAUUUGCAAAAACUGAUCUGUUUGUUUUUUUUUUUCCCCAAGAACUGAGAUUAGUUUGUAUAUUUGUUUGAUUCAAGUUGUACUGUUUCUCACUAAAUUUCUGUUCUGAUCAACAUCUUGUCCUUGUGUGUUUAUCUUUGUCAGAAUUCAGGAGCCCCUCUCUUUUGAGCUCCUGCAGUUUCUUUUCUUUCUAAUAACCUUCAAUAGAUACUGAACGACAUUGAGUUUUGAAACAGGUAAAGAUACACUUUUCCAUCUUUUUUUCUAAUUAUUUAUUAAUUCACCAAGCAGAAACUACAGGAACUGAACUCAUGGAGGAACAAAACAUUCAUGGAGUGUCUGUUGUGUUUGUGUUUUCAGAUUUUCUGCUGGACAAAUUUCAGAACAAAACAAAUGUAGUCAGAGAAAUAAAGCUUUCUGUGUCUCCCUAAA